CGGACAGGUUAUAGCCUGUUCCCCGCUGGGGGAUUUCUACAGGUGGAAAGUACCGUACAUGACAUCAGAUGUCGGGGAAUUACGCGAGAGGGGAAUCCCGCGGGAGUGGAACUCGGCAUUCCCCUUGAACAAGUACAUGUCCGAAGGCAUUUUGGCAGUGGUACGUCUGUAUUUCUUGAAAGGCAGACCAAAUGGCUGACGGCCUUGUGUAAAUCAUGAAUACAUUUUUUAUUCCAGCAGUCCUCGGUGUGCUCAUUUGUGCGCUCGGAGGAUGGCAAGCACUCGCCGGACCAGUCGGCACUGCUUCACCGUGCAACAGAGGAACCUAUUACAACUCGGCCACAUAUAGUUGCGAACCCUGUUCGCUGCUUUGUGACCAGGUCAGGGACAGCCAGGAGGACUGCCGAGAAAAGUGCCCAGAUUGGUUUGACAACAAAUCCGAGCCAUACUUUAUCGCGGCAUGUACAGUUGGGGCUGUAGCAGGGGUCGUGUUGCUGACUGCCAUUAUUUUGGGGGUGGCACUGGUCUUAACACGUCGCGAGCUAUCCAAGUACAAGAAAAUGGACCAAGAACAGAAGAUGGGAGACCGGGAUGAGCAGGAACAAGAAUGCAAGUUGGAACAACAGGAUGUGCCCAAGGCACGGCGUUCCCCCAAAGAUCUGACUCCCGAUCUUCAGAUGAAAGAGAUGCCAAAUGAUCGACCUCAUAGCCCCAUUGCUCAAGUGACUGACGAAACGCCCCUUUGUCCAUCGGACAUGAGGAGCAUCCAUGCCAACGAGACCACCAAGUCACCUCUCACCGCCAGUGGUACCAACCCGGCUGGUACAACUGAGCCAAAGUCAGAGCAAGGCGGCUAACCUCUUUUUUCAGAGUAGCCUCUACCAGGCUUCACAUGUCGUUGUGCGUAGUAGAUAUUGGCGCCAAAUGGACAGAAGGCACACCAGAGGAGUACGUUGGCCCCAAACUACAAUUUGUCAAUUGUAGUUUGGGGCCGGCUUACACCUCAAUUGUGUUAUUUGUCUACCUGGCGAAUAUCUACUACUUACAGCGACAUGUGGAGCUUAAUAGAGGCUAUGUCAGAGUAAGGAUCCCGCCUUUUGGACAAUGUAUCAUUGAAUAGGGUGCCGACAAAACGAGAGAUCUUUGUAAAUUGUAUAACUUGUUAUGAGGGACACUAUUGCUCACGAGUCAAUGUGAUCAACAAUUGCGUACAUGGUUGUACUAGUCGAGCUUUACACUCGCCAGAAAACCUGUCAUGAUGACAAACACAUUUUCCUUAAACCGAAUGUUUAAGAACUUAAUUACCACUAUACACACGUAAGGUGUACUCUCACUGCACUUGCGGCACCGGUGCGGCACUGCGGCGGUCGUAGACGACUAAGCGAAUUUCAGAGAUAAAGAACGAAUUUUCUUCCGUUUUGUGUAUUUUGUUGUCUUUUAAGUCGUACGUUUAUGUGUUACGCAAUAUCCAAAUUGUAAAAAAUCGCGAAAAUAACAAAACAGCGCCGCAGUGAACGAACCCCGCAGUGCCGCACCGGUGCCCCCAAGUGCAGUGAGAGUCCACCUGUACACAGUUUUGUAGUUGUUUUUAUGUUUACUUUGUUGAAGCAGUUAAAUUGUGUUCAUGUUUACCGGGCGUAUAACUGAAAAGCAGAAGUGCCUGCAGUUACCUUUAGGUCAGUAUGAAGCAGGCAUGCGCUUUACAACUUCCUCUUUUUAGUCCCUCCCACCGAAACUCAAUUGCUUCGAAAAUGUGUUAGGUUCCGCUUUUGUAGGUUCCGCUUUUGUAUGCUCUUAUUGGCAUGAAUGUAGAUGCUAUGGCACAUAUUAGGGUCACUGAGAAGGUUUUAUGUAUAAUGGGAUGACGAUGUACAACGCUGGGGGAAGUUGUAUGAUAGUUGUUGUAAAAGACGAUUGACGGCGAAUGAAGUAGAUCAUGGCUGAUCUGAUAUUAAGUUGACAGAAUUUGCUUUCUUUCUUCAUGCCAAGGUGAUUUAUACUAGUCAAACAUUGUUCUUUCCUCCUAGGCCUGUGUCUUCCAAAGGCUGUAUAUAUUUUCAAGGACUGUAAAAUGUACGUGUUUUCAAAACGUGAAAAUUAAUGUGUAUGAUAUUGCAUUAUAAAAAACAAUGAUUCUUUGUCAGAAGACUAUCUGCCAAGCGCACAGAUCCAUCUGAAGUAUCGUUGUUUUGUUAGAUUGGUAUGAAAAGACAGAACUUGUGACAUAAUUUAUUGGUGCAUAGACAAUUAUCAUAUUUCAUCUGUCAUUUGGUUUCCGGCAUCAUCACUGAGAUUCAAGGCUUUAACAUAU